GGAGCCGCGGGGCGACGGGCGCGGUGCGCGGACGCGGCGGCAGCGGCCGGAGUCUCCCGGGGGGCCCGCCGCCGACGAGGGGAGACGGCGGCCGCGGCGGCGCUGCCGGACGCGCGGCCCGCGGAGAGCAUGGUGACGGCCGGAGAGCUCCGGGAGCUGGAGGGGAGCGCGCUGCGGCGGCUCCUGAGCCGGGACGAGCGCGAGCGCGCCGGCGGCUCGGGCGUCGGGCCGGGCGGGGGCACGUGCCUGCUGCUGGACUGCCGGCCCUUCCUGGCCCACAGCACGGGCAGCAUCGCGGGCGCGCUCCCGGUGCGCUGCCACACGAUCGCGCGCCGGCGCGCGCCUGACGGCCCGGCCCGCCUGGAGCAGCUGCUGCCGGCCGCCGACGGGCCCGACGCCGAGGCCCGGAGCCGCCGCCUGCGCGCCGGCCUCUACGGGGCGGUGGUGCUGUACGACCAGCGCAGCCGGCGCGCCGCCGAGGCCCUGCGCGCUCCCGACGGCGCUCUGGCCUGGGUGGUGCGCGCGCUGCGAGGGGCCGUGCCGCGCGCGCCCGCCCCCCUCUACCUGCUUCGAGGUGGUUAUGAGAAGUUUUCCUCUGAGUACCCAGAAUUCUGUUCCCAAGCCAAGUCCCUGGCCACCGUUUCUUCCCCCAUCCCCACCACUGUCCCAGAGCCUCCUGACCUGGGCUCCAGCUCCUGCGGCACCCCGCUGCAUGACCAGGGCGGGCCCGUGGAGAUCCUUCCCUUCCUCUACCUGGGCAGUGCCCAGCACGCAGCCCGGAGGGACACGCUGGAUGCCCUGGGGAUCACUGCACUGCUGAAUGUGUCCUUGGACUGCCCGAACCACUUCGAGGCCCAUUACCAGUACAAGUGCAUCCCCGUGGAAGAUAAUCACAAGGCAGACAUUGGUUCCUGGUUCAUGGACGCCAUCGAGUUCAUUGACUCGGUCCAAGCCCGCCAGGGGCGGGUGCUGGUGCACUGCCAGGCUGGGAUCUCGCGCUCGGCCACCAUCUGCCUAGCCUAUCUGAUGAUGAAGAAGAAGGUGCGGUUGGAGGCGGCCUUCGAGUUUGUCAAGCAGCGUCGAAGCAUCAUCUCGCCCAAUUUCAGCUUCAUGGGGCAGCUGCUGCAGUUCGAGUCCCAGGUGCUGGCCACGUCCUGCGCCGCCGAGGCCGCCAGCCCCUCGGUGACAGUGGCUCGGGGGGAGCCGGCCAAGACCUCCCCCUCUGCGUCCCAGCUUGUCUUCAGCUUCCCCGUCUCAGCCCCCAGCAGCCUCCCCUAUCUCCCCAGUCCCAUCACCACUUCCCCCAGCUGCUAGACGCUCCGGGGAGGGCUCUCACUCCCCCGUGUUGAGGCUGCAGCCCCGGGCCUCCUGGGGUGGGCAGAGACCCCAUCAGCUUGCUUCCACGCUGGGGUCCCCCAGCAGUCACCCUGGGUCUGAUCAGGACUGCUUUUGAGAAGUGCAGGGCUGUCAGAGGCUCCCCUUCCAACCCUGGCUCUGCCGCCGGCCCGGUGUGGGCUGCUUCCUCCUGCUGCCUGGCCAGGGGCCGCUCAGCUCCCUUCCUCCCUCCUCCAAUCACGGGGUCACUGCAGGCCUCCUCCUCCUGCCUGGCCCCGGCCCCCCAGCCAGGCCAGCCGGGACAAACCACUGCCUGGGACUAAGCUCACGGCCUCUCCAAUACAGCAAUAAUGGCACAUUGCCACUACUGGACACCCCCUCUCGGCUGGGAAAGGCAGCUUCCCCUUUUCCAGCAGAAAUGUUUUAAGAGCCUCUUUUUUUGUGCAGCAAGGUCUGGGCCCACGGGCGGCGGGUUGGUGGUCCCUUCCCUCGCUCCUGCUGGCUUCGGAGGCUACCGUCACGUCUGUGUUUGAAGAAUCAUUUUCAUUCCAGAAGUCACAGACAGGCAGGUCAGGAUAACAAACUGCCAAGAUAUUGAGGAACUUGCUUCCUCAGAGCAUGAAGUGCAGCCAGCCAAGGGUCAGCAAGGGGGGGAGGGCAUGAGGUCCAGCAAGUCUUCGGCAUGCUGGUGGAGAUGGGCACGGGGGCACCGGUGCCAGUGGUGCUUUUAGAACCUCACGCAGCUUCUUUUUCCAAGAAUGGACUUGGUGUCCGGGGUCCUUUUCCCCCAGGAGGGUUCCCCAAGUGCUGGUGGCGAUGGAAAGAACACUCCUGGGAUGGAGAUCUGUUUGGUGGAGCUUCUGUUUUCCUGAUCCUAUGAAGAUGCUCUUCCCUCACGUGUGACUUGAUAUCCCUGAGAUGUUCAAGCUUCAUGGGGCCAGCUGUCAUAAACCCUGUCUGACGGCCCUAGGCUCUUGGUUAGGAUGAAUCAGCUCUCCAUCUUCUCCAUGACUAUCUCAUGGGUUGGUUAAAAGGGAGGUGCACCCAGCAACGCUCACUGCGCACACCCUGCUCCCAGCACCCAAGACAGUCCCUUGUGAAGUUGCAGUCCCUGAAAGUCACCUGAGGCCAGGGGUAUCACCUGAGACUUGUAGCAACAGGAGCAAGCCCACAACAUGUCCUUUGUUCUCAGGGAACUGAGAACAGUUCUAGAAAAUGGCCAUUCACUGAUGGGGAACUCGGGCCGUUCUACUAUCUACAAUCCCUUUUGGAACGGAUCCUGUUACUGUUAGUAUUGAGCAAACAAAUCAGCUUCUCCCCAACUCCCUUCACCAAUUCCUCUUGGUUGGGCCCUCUGGGGUCAAGCAGAACUAGACCAGCCUCUUCUCCGGGAGAGAUUUUGGAGGACAGCCAUCAUGGUUUCCCCGAACCUUCUCUUAGCCUGGCUAGGAACGCUCAGCUCCUAGCCUCCUCUGACCCGGCCUCCAGGGAGGGUCGUCCUGGUCCUGGUUACCCUCUUGCCCCCCUGCCCUUUGCGUCCAAAUGCAACCUGACUGGGUAAGGGAGAUCAUCUCUCUCUCACUUGCCCAAAUCUCAUUCUAGUGUCAUGUAAAAGAAUUCUCAAAUGCAAAACACAUUACAGUCUAUGGCGUGGGGCAGGAUGGGUCAGGCCUUGACCCCAGGAAUGGUUGGUUAAGACUAGUCCUCCCCCAUGUCACAAACUCUGAGCAUCCUUGUUGCCUGGAUAUGCCAAGUUGUGGUACAGGUGCAGAAAUCUGUAGGAGUAUGUGUGUGGUAUAUGGAAAUUGGCUCACCAGGAGCCUCUGAGCCACUAAAAUGCCCAGUGAAAAAGGAACUCUCUUCUCUGUUGUUCCAUUCCCU